CGCGUGUUACGAUUGGAGCGGGAUGGCGGUUCGUACACCACAAAGACCUUUUUCAGGACGUGGUAACCACUCACAUACAGCUCCAUUUAUUGCCCAAUUCCCUUUGGAUAUUGUUGUAUUAGAACCGAAUCUGAUCAUUCCUUCUGAUGAUCAAAAGCUAUUGCAAUGUUUAUUAGAUCAUCAUGCAAAAUUAACACCAUCAUCUGACUCGCAAUAUACUCUGUCGAACUUAAACAAUAGGAUUUGCGAGAUUUUGGAUAAUAUUAUUGUAAAUCCGUCUAUAUUCGGAUCUGGACAAUUAGAUCAUGUUCGUUCAGUUGGUUCAUUCAAGCUGAACACUUGGUUAAAUGAUUCAUGUAUCUCAGAUUUGGCUUGUAUAUUUCGAACUUUACCAACACUUGAAGCUGUACAAAAUUUAGCCAAUUUUGUACGUAAUCAAUUAACCACAAGCAAUAAAUCAUCAACGGAAUAUGUGAAUUGUAAAGUUGACAUAGAAAGUUAUGGAUUUUCUGUUACAUCAGGAGAUUAUAUAGUACAAGUAUUGAUUAGUACUAUACCAAUGAAUUUAAGUCGUGCUAAUCCUGAUAUACAUAUUAGUUUAAUUGCACAAAAAAUUGCACUGGCUUCAAUUCGUCAUUUAAGAUGGGCCGAAGAGAAUGCAACACAUACUACUGUAAAAGUGUUAAUUCGUAUUCUAAAAGAUUUUCGACGACGUUUCCGCGGUUUCAUGCCAAUGAAUUCUUGGUUAAUAGAUUUAUUAGCUCAUUAUGCAGUGAUGAAUAAUCCAUCACGUCAACCAUUACCACUUAAUCAUGCAUUUAGACGUGUAUUUCAUCUAUUGGCCAGCGGUUUCUUUCUUCCUAAUAGUACCGGUUUAAUUGAUCCUUGUGAACAAGGCAAUAUCCGUCUUCAUUCAUCAAUGUCACCGGCUGAACAAGAUGCAUUGUGUUGUACAGCUCAAAUCUUAUUAAGAAUUCUUAAUUAUGGCGGUCAUUCAUUACUACUCACUCAUAAUGAUUUAAAUGAUACAUCAAGAGAAGAAUUAUUGACAGCCGCUACGAAAUUGAUUGAUAAUGUAGGUAAACUAGAAUGGCCUGAACCAGUUGAAUUGCCUUUACAACCGAACACAGAAAAGGUUAAAACCGAAGCUGCCGAGUAGUAAAGAAACAUUUUAUGAAAAAGGAGACCAAACAACAAAACAGUUGUGUGUGUCUGUUUUUGUUAAUCAAGAAAAUUGCAUUUUAUUUUCUGAACCUGUUUUUUUCUAUGUAUGUAAAUAAAUUCCUGUUUAGAAAUUGACUUGGUACCAAUCAAAAAUUAAUUUGAUUAUCAAUAUCAAUGACUAUCAGAAUCGGUUAGAUACUUUGAAUAUGACAUGGCUCGAAUUCGU